AGCCCCAUUGCUCUCGUGCCGAUUCCCCGUCUUCCGCACGAUUCCUCGUCCGCGUGGAAAAACUCAACGUUACCGAAUCCCCGAUCCCCUCGGUUUCCUCGCCGAUCUUUUCUUUGCUAUAUAAACCCCCAUCCAUUCCCUUCCCCUCCCUUCCAUUCCCUUCUCACCCUCUCCGCCAUGCGCUUUCUUCUCUCCUUUCUCCGAUGACACCUCCGGCGACGGCCACGAUUGUACCCAUCUGCAAUGACCCCAAGCCACCAUCUCAACGACGCGGCCCCUGCUUCUCCUUCGCCGCCUACACCAAGGCGGUUGUGGAGUACCUCCGCGUCCUACGAGUCCCCAUCGCCAACGGCCUCUCCGAUCCCGAGUUCGCCGCAAUUGAAUCCACCUUGGGCUUCAAGUUCCCCCCGGACCUCCGCUCCAUCCUCUCCGAAGGCCUUCCGAUCGGCCCCGGCUUCCCCAACUGGCGCGCCGCCUCCCCGCAGCAACUCCAGGUACUCCUAACCCUCCCCGUCUCCGGUCUCCUCCAUGAAAUCUCCAAAGGCUCCUUCUGGCCAAACUCGUGGGGUUUGAAACCAGUAAACCCUAAGGACUCGAUCUCGAUGGCCCGAUCCUUAUUAGAACCCGCUCCCGUUCUCGUCCCGAUCUACCGCCAUUUCUACAUCCCAUCCCUCCCGAACCUCGCUGGGAACCCUGUCUUUCUCGUUCACGCCGGCGAGGUUCGUGUCGCCGGCAUUGACCUCGCUGACUUUCUCCAGCGUGAGGCUGCGAGCUUCUCCCCGAAGGAGACGAUCGAUCGGGGGUCAUCGCCGACGACGUUGCUGCCAACGCCGGCGUGGGCGGCGAAGGAGGCGAGGAGGGUGGAGGUGUGGACGGAUCUCGCGGGGGCACGUGCGGAGAAGGGGGAUCGCACGUGGGAGAUGGAGGGGUGGAUGAAGGAGUUGAGGUGGAGAUUGAGAGAAGGGGGAUGGCGGGAGGAGGAGGUGAGGGAGAUGAUGGACGGUGAUGAUGAGUCUGGGAAGGGUGAUCGGAUGGUUCUCAGGGACCGUGAGAGCGUGCUGUGGCACGUGCGGCUGUUAGCACUCGCCCUUCUUCGCGCCGGGUGGAGCUCGGAGGACGUGGCCUACGCCAUGGGUGAGGCACGUAAGAGCAGUGCUGGGCCGUGACGUGGCAGGUAGGUGGCCCCCACCAAGAUUUAUAGGUUUUUUUUUUUUUAAAACAAGGUUUUUUCUUUGUUUUGGUAUAAGAGUUGAAAUAAAUUUUUGG